UCUCUGCCUCAGUCCCAAUGUGUGGAAAGUUAUCAUCCUGGAUUCGUCAAGCGGAAGCGAGAAGGAGAGCCUGCUUGCUGCUAUGACUGUAUUCCUUGUCCUGCGGGGACCAUUUCCAUUGAUGAAGACACAGAAAAAUGCAACAAGUGUCCUGAUGAAAAAUAUCCAAAUGAGGACAGAAUCCAAUGUAUCCCCAAAAGAAUAACCUUCCUGUCCUAUGAAGAACAUCUCAGCAUCCUCCUCAUCUCCAUUGCCCUUCUCUUGUUCCUAACUACAGGACUUGCUUUAAUCAUAUUCCUUAAAUACCUAGAAACUCCCAUUGUGAAAGCCAACAACAGAGACCUCUCUUACAUCCUCCUGGUCUCCCUCCUGCUUUGCUUCUUGUCUCCUUUUCUCUUCAUUGGUCAACCAAGGGAAGCCACUUGUCUUCUCCGACAAACAGUUUUCAGCAUCGUCUUCUCAGUUGCCGUUUCUUCUCUCUUGGCCAAAACCAUCACAGUGGUUCUGGCUUUCCUGGCCACAAAACCAGGAAACCGAGUGAAGAGAUGGUUGGGGAAGAGCUUGGCCAACUGCAUCAUCCUUUCUUGUUCUAGUGUCCAAAUUAUGAUCUGCUCCAUCUGGUUGGGAAUUUCUCCCCCAUUCUGUGACUUGGACUUCCAUUCCCAGCCUGGAGAGAUCAUCCUGCAAUGCAAUGAAGGCUCUGUUUUCAUGUUCUACAUCACCCUCAGCUACAUGGGCUUCCUGGCUGCCAUCUGCUUCACAGUGGCUUUCCUGGCCCGGAAUCUCCCUGGAGCCUUCAAUGAAGCCAAGCUGAUCACCUUCAGCAUGCUGGUCUUCUGCAAUGUCUGGGUCUCCUUCCUGCCCACUUACCUGAGCACCAAGGGGAAAUACAUGGUGGCUGUGCAGGUCUUCUCCAUCUUGGCCUCCAGUGCUGGUCUGCUGGUCUGCAUCUUCCUCCCCAAGUGCUACAUUAUCAUUCUGAGGCCAGACUUGAAUACAAAGGAGCAUCUUACGACCAGAAGAAAUGUAUAG